GUGUCUGGGGAUCGUACAUUACAAUCGAGGACGGUCAGCACAUUAAAGACAUCAAGAAAGGGAGGACUGAUAAGAUUUAAGAAUCGCAGAAAAAGCUGUUUAUGAGGUCUGCAACGUCGUCUGCAAAAGGGUACUUAUAAGAUGGAUUUAAAGUUCUGGGCAUCUCUUUCUAUUAUAUGCAUAUUGAUGAACUACUGUCAAAUAUGUGAAGGCAGGCCUAAACCGAGAAAUUGUAUGGGUCUUAUCAAGCAAAAAGGCUGCAAGUACAACAACAUUGGACUUUCAAAAAGGUUAUUCGAUGAAAUUAUGAAAAGAACGGAAACCAACGGAGCAAACACACAAGAAGACUGGGAAAGGGAAUUACAAACGGAAGACGAGCCAGAACUCAAAGAAGAACAACUCUUCGCUGACAGGGCGCCCGCUAACGACUGGCAGGGUUUAGAUGAGGACACGCAAGCCUUUCUGGACACGAGAGAGCAAGAGAUUGAGGACCUGAGGACGAAAGAACUGGAACUGCUUCUAAUCAGGGCGAUGCUAGACGAUCUUGAUAAUGAACAUUUCGAUGACGUGUAGUCAUGGCAACCAUGUGGCAUCAAUGGAUGCGAAUCGCUUAAGGCCCAUUUGAAACUUAUUUGGGACACCCAUUUAUGAUCUCAGUUGAGAUCGCAAUAUCGCUAAACAUAACAAAACAAAAAAAGUGUGCGUUCCGUAUGGCGGUUACUCAAAGUAAUUUAGCAUGUACUAAAAUAGUUUUAAAAGAAGCUGGAGAAUGAGAGCUACUCGGUAAAGAUGAAGUUUAACUGACAAGAUUAAGUCAAUCGCCUUGUUUUACAACUUGGUAUCUUCUAGUAUUCAGGAUAAAGUAUCAUGUUCGCAUUAAAGCGAUCAUUUAAAAUCAAUUGAAACCCCUAAAUUGAUCUUAACUAUAAGUUGAGACUUUUUGAAAUCUUACGAUCGCUUUGAUUGAAUUGCAACUCUGUCUUAGACAAGCACGUCAGACUGACACGUUUCGCUAUUUUCAUAGCUAUAGUCUAAUAUAUACCAAAGCUGUAGCUAUAUAUUUAGGAUGUGAUGGUGAACCGAGAUUCAGUUACAAGGAAAGAAACAGUUUCGAGUAAAUGUCAGUCCCGCCAGAUUCUGCUUCUUUUUGAACCAUUUUUAAUCUGGACACAGAAUGAGUUUGAGACUCAUUUUGAAACUAAGUUAAAAACAGUUAAUUCCAUCUUGAGCUUGCAUGGUAAGAUGGGAAAAAGAAAAAUGAUAUUUAAAAAAUAAAUCAAAACAACCUAAACCGGUGACUAUCCCAUAGAAAUCAGAUAGAAUAGGGAGUGAAUAAAUUAGCCAAUCAUGGUUUCAUGAAACAUUCGGAAAGUGUUAGCCUAUUUGAUAGGACCGUCUUUUUUUAUAUUCAUUUCAUGAUUCUCUUAUAUUGUACUUUCUUGCUUGAAGUUCGUCAAAGGUUGAUUUUGAUCCAUAUUUGUAAAAUCAUCAUUACUUUAGCAUAAAUGCUGGUACUAUAGUUUAUGCACAUGACAAAAUGCGCAUGCGCAUUGGUUAUAAAUUGUACCAUGUUUACUGUAAAUACUCAUAAUAAGCACGUUAUGCUUGUAUACAUAAAUGAAUGCAUUGUGUAGGCCUUAAAUUCUUAAAAGUAGUAUCAUAGUUCGGUUCCUUACCGUACCGUAUGUAGCCGUGCGAUAUACAGUUACUUGCAAGAUAGGUAUUGAAAUAGUCCAUUUCAAAGAAAAAAUAAUAAAUGAGAGGAGGCGGUGAAUGAAAAUUACAAAAAAGGAAUAGAUCCAAAUUUGAAUUUUAAAAGAAAAUCAAUGGCUGAAGAAACAUCACUUAAUUCAAACUUGGAAUUAUACCAUAACGGAUUAUAAUAAUAAUAAAAAAAAUCUUCAUUAGUGUAUAUACCAAAGCUGUAAUGGGCUUUAAAUUUUCCCAUAUAUUUAAGGCCUCUAAAUUUAAAGCUAAGAUUAUCAGUUUUGUAGUAGUUUUUCACAUUAUUCUUUUGUUCAAAUUAAGAAUCUACGAUUAAAUUCCCAUUCCUCAACGACCAGCCGAGCCUGCAAAAAUGGAUACGAUAAGUAAGCACAAAAUGUUUAAUCUGAACACUCAUUUUCCCUCACAUAUGUUUAGUAACUCGGGAACUUCUAUAAUGUUUCGUAUAAUUGUAAAAUAAAUGCUUUGGAAUUGUUUUACGUGCGUUAACCAUGUUAACAUUAUUUAGUUUGCCGUCUGCUUUAGAACGCCAUUAUUAAAAAAAGCUAUCUGGUCAAAUUUGUCCGAGUUCUAGUAAUUGCCCUUUUAUGGAAACAUUGUGAGAUAAUAAGAGCACUAGGGUGUACCUUUGGAAUUAAUGCAAACGUUUACUUUAAAUUUCAAGAAUUUAAAAUAUAUCUAAAUCGGUUUUGAAUAGGGACCAGCCGAAUAUUGAAAUAAUUUCUCAAUCAUUAGGAUUCACUUUUAACUCUAAAAAAAAAUUUGAAUUCCGAUCUGUUAGCAUUAUAUUUCAAUCUAAAUCCAAUAUUGGGCUGGUCACUAUUACAAGCCGAUAUGGAAUUAUUUUCAUCCUCGAAAUCUAUAUUGUAAUAUUGGUCGAUAAGUUUGUGACGGAUUUAUCACGUUUACUUUCCCCAUACAUGUAUAUUUUCAUGAUAUCAGUUUGUAGAGAAUGCUUCAUUUGUUAAGAAAUAAAAAUCAUUCAACACAAAUGCAUACACUCUAAAUUUCAAGAAUUUAUAAUAAAUCGGCUGUAAUGACCAGCUAAUUGUUGGAUAUAUUUUUAAUCUUAAGAAUGAACUUUCAUGUCUCAAAAUAUUCAAAUGUAAAUCUAUCAGCUUUAGAUUAAAAUUCAAAUCUAAUACUCGUCCGGUCACAAUUUAUCGCCGAUCUGGAUUAAUUCAAAAUCCUUGGAAUUCAGACUGUUUUUGUGUUGUCUAAAAUGGUUGGCUUAUGGUAAAACGUGUCAUGUUAUAAGCAUGUAAUAAAUCAUUGUGAUUUCUAAUCAGAAAUAUAAAGGCCCAUUUUUGAGAAAAUGAACAUUCUGAGUUGUAUGAAAUGUGACUGCCCAGUGUGAAGCCUACAACAAAUAUCUCCAAACCUGCUUCAUUUAAUUUUUAACGUUUCUUGCAGAAAAGAUAGGCUUUUCAUGCGUUUUUUUAGUUUCCCUUGAUAUUUCAUAAUUUUCGGGAUCUUGAUUACAAAAGAGGUCAUGGUAAAAAAAAAGAUAUUAAAUCAAUUAAAAAAACUUUCUGGUGUUACACCACUUUUCCAAUCAAGACCGUAAUUUUUUCUCUAAAUGUGUUAAAUAUUGCUUUAUUAAGCUUAAUCCUAUAAAUUUUCAAUUAUGAAUGAAAAGAUAUAAAUUCUUUAAUACGUCGAGUAGAAAAACUAUUGAUGAGUAUGAUUGGUCCAUUUUUUUUUCAUUCUGUUAUAAAAUCAUCAUAUUGUGAUCACGCUACUAAAUGGUUAAAAAAAAAUAUAUAUAUAUAAGAAAAUAUCUAAGCCUGUAUCUUUUCCUUACGAUAUCAACACAAUUUUAAAUUCAUUUCAAAGGAAAUAAUGACGUUAUAUGUUAUUCACAGUUGCUAUGUGAAUUAGGAACAAAUAUUCAAAAUUAUUAUACAUAAUACUGUAAGGACCACCUUUUCACCAAUAUUGGUAUAAAUUUAGAUAUGCAUUGUGCAUUACUCCCCUUUAAAAAUUUAAGUUAGAUUUCAGCGAAACGACAAUCCUUCAUGCGCAGUAAUGUUCUACUGUAUGUAAAUCUGUAAUAUUUACUUUGACUAAAGACAUGAAAGAUAUUCAUAUUUAAUUGCAUGACAGAUGGUUAUCUAUUUUAUUGUGAAGUACUAAAAAAUAUAUAUAUUAAAUAGGCUCGAAUUGUUUCUCUAAUAUUUUGCAUUAGGUGUGGCUAUUUGUACAAAGUGCACUUUCUCUGAAAUAUAGAUGCAGCUUUAUUAGAACGUAUACAAAUAUAAAUAUAUGUUGAGUGUGUGUUAAAUUCUAAUUAACUUGGCUCGGAAUGUUGUAAAGCACUAAGCAGC